AUGGUGAUCGAGAUGAUCCUACAUGUGCUUGCUAUCUGCAUCAUUCCCCUCGGACUCGUCAGAACGUCAGUGGCAGAGGGAGCGAGGAGCAGCACGACAAGAGCCAUGGAAUGGCUUCUCUGCGGCUCAGUGUUCCUGGUGUGCAUGUGCGAGUAUACUCUAUGCCUGUGCUCCCUGCUGUCGGGCGACGUCAGCGGAGAAUCUCAUGCCGAGGAAGCUUCACUGUACAUGAACGUCUCGGGCGUCGCAUGCUUGAGCGCGUCCCUGUGCUUCUUCCGCCUUGUUGAGUUCGCAGGCGUCCGGCGCAACCUUCCCCUGCUCGCAUGGCUGGUGAUCGACUUGCUAGCUGUCGCUCCUCGGUGUGCGGCCGUGCUGAGCAGAGGAAGCACCAUUCCUGCGCUGCCGAGAGCCGCGAUGAUGGCCUCCAUGGCUGCACGUCUUGCCUGCCUUUUGGGGCUAGGUGUGGUAGGGGUGUGUCGAUACCGCGGGAAGGAGCAACAGGACAAGGAAGGAGCAACGACGUCGCAGCACAACUUUGACUCGCACGAGGACCUGGCGGAGAGUGCUGAAACUGGAUUUCUUGACAGGAAGGAGUUUUCCCUCGGCAAGGCAUACGAAGACAUUCCCUUCCUUUCACAGCUCCUGUUCCUCUGGCAGAACAAGACCCUGUGCGCAUCCCAGGUUCGGAAACUUUUCUGCGGAGACAUCGUCGUCGCUCCUUGCGAGGCAGAUCCUCCGAUCCUCCUCAGCUCGUUCCUGACGCUGUGGGGGAGGAGGAGGACCCUGUAUCUCCUGCUCCUCGACUUCUCGGGCGUGUCAGUGUCGAUGAUCUUCUGCGUGAAGUUGGUCUCAGAUGUGCUAGUUCUCAUCUCCUUCUUUCUCGUUGGCCAGAUGCUCCGUCCUGAGCUUUUCUCGCCAUCAGGCGCCAACACGGCGGUCUCGAGGAAGGACGUCGUUCUGCACAGUGUGUCUGUGGUCGGAUGCAUUGCUCUUGCGAUGUUUCUGCGGAGCCAAGGGAGAUUCUUCCUUUCGUCGGAGGUGAUCAAAGUCAAGACACUGCUCUCGUCUGGGGUUUACAAUGCUCUCUUACACCACGUAAGGGUAGAAACUCAUCUCUACACGUCUCGCUAUCAGGCUGUGCAGGACCCAGACGUGCUUGCAAGGUCCUUUGGGUCUCUGACCUCCCUCUUGAACUCCCUCACGAUGCUGCUGCUGUGCUUCAUCGGGUGCUGCCACCUCCUCGGUCGGGUUGCUGUUGUUGUGAUGACGCUGCUCCUCUUGGCCGGGGUGAUCGUGGGGUCUGGAUUGGUGUGCUUCCAAAGCUCGACGAGGAGGAGGAUGAAGUCUUCGCAGGCGUCGAGGAGGUCUGCAUGGAGACAGCACACGGAGGGUAUCAUCACACUCAAGCAUUUCGGGUGGGAGGCACAGUUUGCAGAGAGAGUAGCGGCCUUGCAAAGGGGGGAGGAAAGACUCCUCGGCCGUCUCGAAAUGUUUGCUGGGACAGAGGUCCUUUUCAUCACUUCACUCUGGGUCGUGUCGUACUCCUCCCUUGCCUUCGCUGUUAUGGUGGCGCAGGAGCAUUGCAAAGAAGCAUCCCACUGCGUUUCAGGAGAGAAGAUGAUCUCCUCCCUCCUCCUCUUGUUUUGUUUUGUUCGUCAGAUGUGCAUGUCCUACGAACAUGCAAAAAGGGUCUUGGCAGCAAGAAUGGCGUACAGGAGGCUUGAGCGCAUGUUGCAGGAGGAUCAGGGCAGCGGCAUGCAGAGACGCCUUGCACAAUCUCAAGGCUCUGCAGCAGACACGAAGAACCAUGCUGUGGUGCUGCAGCAUGUGUCGGUGGGAUGGAGGAGGAAAACAGCUUGUUCCCCCCUCGCCCACUUCCUCGACCCCCUGGAGAGAAGAUCGGAGGAGGAGAACGAGUCGGUGCUGAGUGGCAGGGAGACCGAUACGUCAUGCCAGGCUGACUCCACCAGGCUCCUCCCAUUGCUCACAGGACCGAGGAAGCGAGAGGAGGCGGAGGAUGCUGAGGAGGAAGCUUUCCUCCCUGUCCUUCGCAAUGUGAAUCUCCGGGUGGAGCGAAGGUCACAGAUGUUCGUACUAGGAGACGAAAAGUCUGGCAAGACGACGUUACUCCUGUCUCUCUUCGGUCAGAGUGCGGUGGGGAACGGGUCAGUGCAUGUCAGCAGGUGCGUCGCUUACUGCUCCCCCGACCCCUGGGUGGUGGACGGCGUGAGUGUCAAGGAAAACAUCGUCCUUGGCAGGGCCUUCGACCCUAGCAGGUUCUACGCCGUUGCCAAGGCCUGCGGGCUGAACUUCCAUCGACGGGAUCGGAGGGUAGCAGAAAAGCAUGAGGAGCUGGACCUCUACGAGCACCAAGUCCUCCGCUCCUCUACCUGCAGCGAGGACCUCUGCUGUCGCGUCACGCUGGCAAGGUGCCUGCUGGAGGACGCGGAAGUCUUGUUGCUCGACGAGCCGCUCAGGAGUCUUCCCUUCGGCCUCCGGCUGCUCCUCCUGCGGCGGGUGACGCAGAGCCCCGUGGUCAGGAGGGCGACCUUGCUCUUCAGCUCGAGGGACUUCCGCUUCGCCGAGCUCUUCCCCUCCGUCGCUCUCCUCCGCGGGGGAUUCCUCACCAUUGUCUCCUCGCAGGAAGACUUCCGACGUCUCGUCCUCGAGCGUCAGGGCUCCAGGUGCGCCGUCCCCGAGUUGGCCGAGCACUCCCCCACCUGCUCCGCCAGCUGCUUCGACAGGCUGCCAGCGGGGCCCCCGCACAUUCCGCAAACUUGUCACUGCCAGGCCCCCCACGGACUCGUCGCGUCCAGCUCGCGUCCAGGAGGCCAGUCCUUUGAGGCUCUGAGGGAGCUGGGAGGAGGAGGUGGUCGAGCUGUCGUCUGCUUGCUGCUGAUGGGAUGCCUGCUGGGCAAGAUGGGGGACGUGAUGAUGGCUGAGAGCGUGAAGUUCACGAACUCGACGAUGGUAGUCGUGGGGCGGCAGCGUACGAGGGAGGGGAGGGGGAGAGAGCUUCCGGUCCGAUCAGAGGCUGACGGGACUGUAUGGCCUCCCUGCGCAGACUCCAAGGUCGUCGAGGCGAUGGCGGACCUGAUUUCCCCUUUCGACUUGCCGUCGACCUUCCUGCUCUUGAACGGACUGGCCCUGUUGGCAGUCCUGAUCGCCGUCCUGUUCUCCUACAACCUCUCGAGCCAUGUGAACAAGAGCCUCCGUCGUCGGAUCCUGCUUGCAUUCACGGCCGCCAAGUGCGAGGUGCUGCAGACGCUGAUGCAGAGCGAAGGGUUCGCAUGCCUCCUCGAAAGAUCUCUGGUGUGGAGGAAGCAUGUAAGGUGCCUCCUCCUGCCCCUCCUCAGCAUCGUCGUUCUCCUGUGCUCUUUCAUACUCGUCGCUGCCGUCCUGCCCAUCUCGACUGCCCCCCUCGUGCUCACGAUGUGGGUCUACUCCAAGACCGUCUCCCAGUCCUCUCGCGGGGUCCUGGAGGUGCAAAGGCUGCAGCAAGACUACCUGAUGCAGCUUGCCGACCACCAGUGGAAGACCCUCGUCGGAGCCUACGAUCUUCGGGCUGCGGAGGGCUCCCUCUCCUCCCCCAUGGCGCACAAGUUCAACCUGCUCCUCAGAGUCUCCUCCUCCAUUGAGUUCACUCUAGCGGGCGUGCGGGGGUGGAGGAGGAUGCGAACGGAGUCCCUUGCUAUCCUCCAGCUCGCGCUCGUUCUCUCUGCCAUCCUGCUGGACCUCACCCGCCAACCGUCCUCGCCGCCCCCCCCAGCUGAGCAGGAGCAGUCUCCCCUAGCAGAGGAGGAGCAGGUGUUUCACGCAUCUCGGCAUGUCAGCUUCGUGGCGAUCAGCAUCCUCAACUCGUUCUUCGCCAUGUGGAUCAUGGUGGACCUCUCCGGCCUCCUCGCACGCGUCGACGAGCUCCUCCUCAGCCAGCAGGACUUCCAGCUCCUGGCCGAGCUGGAGCCGGAGGACAAGCUCUCCUCCUCCUCCCCUACUGCAGACCACCCUGUUGAGGCCCUUCGGAGCAUCUUGCGCGAGAAGCUGAAGGCCUUCGGCAACAGAGCAUGGUGGAAGUUCUGGGGAGGGAGGAGCAGAGGAGGGAGGGAGCAGCAUGCGACCGAUGUAAGCUACAAGUCGCUCAGCUCCCCGACCAAGAACUCCGACCUGCUCCUCGAGGGUCUCGAGCUCUCUGCUGGAGAUCCUCAUCAUCCUGAAGGGGUCAAGCUGGACGUCAGGAUCCCAGCAGGACACGUGCUGCUUCUCAAGUCUGCCAUCUUCCAGGACGGGCCCAGCUUGACUGGCAUGCUGGGGGGGACGAGCGGCAUGGGGAGGGGAAGCAUGCACCUCGGGGGGGUGGACAUGUCGAAGCUGCCGCUGGUGAAGCUCAGAAAGCUGGUGACAGUUGUGCCGAGGAGAAAGUUUGUGCUGUCUGGUACGGUCCGAGAGAACAUCGACCUGCUGGGGAAGGCGCAGGGCGACUGGCAGUUGUGGGCCGCCCUAGAGCAGUGCCACUUCGCCGACGUGGUGAGGAGAUGGCCGGCGAGACUGGACGAGAGAGUUUGCGGUGAAGAAGUACAGGUUGGAAGCAGGAUGCGCAAGCUGUCACGUUACGAGCAGGAGAUGGUAUGCCUCGUGCGGGCCAUGUUUGCAGCGGACGUGCAGGAGUCUUCCAUCAUGUGCAUCGACAAUGUGGAGGAGAUAUCAGACGAGCAGACAAGGAACUUGAUCCUCCGACGGCACCUGAUGUUCGGCAUGACAGUAAUCGUCUCCUGCACUCGUUCUUCCCUCAUCCCCUCCGACGUCGAGAACCUCCAUGCUCUCCUCUUGGACGACGAGGAGCCGAUCGAGUCGGAGACGGCAAGUGACGAUGUCGGGAGCGCAAGCGAGGAGGGGAGUGACUACUUGAGCGCAAGCGAGAGCGACUUCACGGCUGCUGGGACGAAGCUCAGGAGCGACGAGUUGCCUGCUGCUGGUGCGAAGAAGCAUCGGAAGGGUACAGGGCGAAUGAUCUGGAGCGGAAUCAAGUCAGGGAUCAAGGGAGGAGUGAAGACGGUUAGGAAAGCCAGCUAUCUAAGCAUGCAGCUGUACGAGGGGAAGUCGAAAGGAGGUGUAGAGUAG